ACCUACAAAUUAUUUUCAAUAUUAUCGUUUUUCUGACUUCUUUUGAAUAAUGUUUAUAUAAAAAAAAAAGAAUUAAAAAAUGCAGUCUAAAUAAUGUUAAAGUAUUUAAAUACUAUUAGGCAUUAUAUAUCUCCAUAAAUUAUUUUAUAAAUAAUUUAACACAUAUAUUUACAAUUCAUUCAUAAAUAAAAUUCUUUUUAUAUGAUAUAUAAUAAUAAUAAAGAUAUUAUAGAUUUUUAAUACAUAAAAUGAUAUAUAUUUAAUCAAGAGUGCAUUUAAUUGCACAAUAUAUUGUGCUAAUAUUGUAUAGGUAUAAUCAUUUUAACUAAUAUUAAAAUGAUAAUAUUAGGAGGUGGUAUAUCAGGUCUAUCAGCAGCUUAUUAUGCCGCUAAUAAUGCAAAAAAUUCAACUGUCAUUUUAUUGGAAGCGUCCAGUCGCGUGGGUGGAUGGAUACGAAGUAGAAAAUCACCAACUGGAGCAAUAUUUGAACAAGGACCGAGAACUGUUAAACCAGUUGGAUUAGCUGGAAAAAAUACCCUUAACUUGGUGGAGGAUCUUCAAUUGAAUAACAAAUUAAUUCAUAUCGGACCAAGUCAUCCCGCGACGCGGAAUAGAUUGAUCUACGCAAAUGAAACAUUGCAUCUCUUACCAUCUUCGUUGAAGGGUAUCUUUAAAACGAUUUCAUUGUUAGAUCGUCCCCUAAUAAAUUGUCUAUGGACCGACUUGACGGCUCCAAAGAUAUCCAAAGAAGACGAGAGCAUCUAUAAUUUCGUUCAAAGAAGAUUAGGUCAAGACAUUGCGGAUAAUCUCAUCAGUCCUCUAAUUUGUGGAAUAUGUGCGGGAGAUGCGCGAAAAAUUAGUGUUAAUUUUUUGUUCAAAUCUCUAUUCGAAGCGGAACAGAAAUAUGGUUCUAUAGUAAAAGGUGUAUUGGCAAAUCGACUAAAAAACAUUUUUGUAAAACCGAAAAAUGACGUAAUAAAAGAAAAUAAUGCAGAGAGUGAGUCUACAAAUUUAAAUCUGACUUUAGCAGAUAGAGCUCUAAAGGAACGUUGGGCAUUAUGGGGUCUGGAAGGAGGACUCGAACAAUUACCUCAGGCAUUGGCCAAUAAUUUGAGAAAGCGAGGAGUAAAGAUACAAACUGAGGCAAAAUGUGAAAAACUUACAUUUAAAUCAAAUCACAUAGAACUAUUAAUUAACGGCAAUAUUCAAAAAUGUUCGCGCGUUAUUUCUAGUUUACCCGCGAGAAACUUGGCUGAACUAGUGCAGGAACAACAUCCCACACUGUCUGCAGAAUUAGAAGCGAUACCUACUGUAACAGUAGGAGUAGUUAAUGUUGAAUUUCAGAAGGACAUAGUGCCAUUACAGGCAUUUGGCUUUCUUGUACCACCGAAAGAGAAUCUUCCUCUGCUAGGUGUAAUCUUUGAUUCCUGUGUUUUCCCUCAAAAGUCUUCUUCAGUGCUGACAGUCAUGAUGGGCGGUGCUUGGUUCGAAAAAUAUUUCGGCCCGAAUCCAUCAGAAGAACAUCUGUUAACAACGGCGAUUCAUCAUACGAAAAAUAUCUUACAUAUCGAGGAGGAACCAGUCGCACAUAACAUUGCCGUUCUGAAGGACUGUAUUCCACAGCACGUCGUGGGUCAUACGCAACGUAUAAAACGCAUCCACAAUUAUAUUUCAGCGCAUCAUAUUCCCCUGGGACUGUGCGGUUCUUCUUACCAAGGUGUAGGACUCAAUGACGUUAUUCUGUCAGCAAAACAGGCUGUUUGUGACAUUGUACAAUAACUAUAGAUUGCUCGAGAAAUGUAAAACUGCGAGAAGGGCAUCACAUAAAAGACGAACAAACUACAUGCAAACACUGCACAUGCUGAAUUGUAACAAUCAUAAACCAUGCAAAAAAAAACAGUUUUGCCAACCUGUAUUAUAACAAUGAUAUAACUAAAAGAAAAUGCAAUAAUUGCUGAAUGAAUUAUAAUAUAAAUUACAAAAAUUAUAAAUUAUAAGAUUUGAAUUGUAAUAUAUAACAAAAUAUAUGAACCAUAUAAAGCUUAA